ACGCCUGAAACUCAAAAGUACUAGACGGACGAUAUUCUGCUUUAACGAAGUUCCAUAAUCGAGUAGCAAUUGUUUAAACAAAUAACCUCAGUUGAAUGAGAAUCGGUGAAGUGAUUAAAUCGAAAUAGCGGUGAAGCGGAAAUAUCGGAGCAAAACAAAAAUAAUACCAAUUAAGAUAAAUAAAAUAAAAAUAAUUACAUUUUUGAUCUUACAUAUAAUGUUUUAGACGAAAAGCGAAGAAAAUCGAAAAUAUAAAUUGCAAAAAUGGUCAACAUAACUAGUCUUUGGGAAAAAUUUGUGUACAAAUUCUUUCAGUUUGCCCCCAGCACUGUAGUGUGCUUUAGUUUUUUGCCAUGUGGUCUGGUUUUUGGAUAUACCAUUUCUUCGUUUGUGGCUGAGCGAAAUGUUGAGGUUGGCGUCAUCGUCUAUGGUCCCUUAAUCUUGGGAGCCUGUUGGGGUUUUGUAGCCGCUUUAAUAAUGUUCCUAAUGAAGCUCUUCCGUUCCCGCAUUAUCUUUUGGCACAUGUACAUUUUACUGACAGCGGGUGUACUCCAUGUCAUAGCGAGCUGUUUUUAUUUUGCCAAUGAUAUGGAUAACAUCGGAGCAUUCAUUUCCUAUCUGGCUCACAGUUUAACCUACUUGGCUGGCCUAAGUUUUCUACACACCAUACUGGCCAAAGGUGCGCGUGCCAUAUUCCUGGCCAUAUCCUUUAGUUUUUACAUUUUGGGAAUUGCCUCCGCCGUCAGUUUGAUUGGAUCUUCGUACUUCAAGAAUAUGCAGGAUAAUAGCAAUGCUACCGCUCAAGAAUUAACCCAUGGUAUUUAUGUGGAUUUUGCCGGUGUUUAUCUAUCAAUGGCCGCCGUUGUCUUGGCUUUGCUAAUUGGCAUUGUGGUGUUGAACUAUUUUGGCACUACCGAUUGUGAGAAUAGCAUGGAUAAUGAUUUGCGUAUAGCCAAUUCGAAUGGUUCGAUUUUCGAUAAACGUGAUGAAAUUAUCAAAAGGAUUGAAUUUUUCUAUGUUACCAAAAAUCAACAAUGGAAUGUUACCCUGUUGCUGCUCUUCACCGAGGCCAUACAUUUUUCCCUGUUUAUCUAUUUCUCAUUUUGGUUCUCGCUCAACUCAGCCAUACGGGUAACGGAUAUUGCCAACAUUGAUGCCAUGUUCUGGGUGGUAUAUGCCGGUAGUGUUAUUGUCACAGUGCCCAUCGUGUUCUUUUCGGUAAAGGUCACCUAUGUGGGUAAUCAGCUGUGUAUGAUUGUAAUGACCAUCCUCACCAUGAUCAUAUGCAGUUCAGUUAAGACUAGUGUGCCUAUUUGGAUUCUGCUCUUCUUCUUUGGCAUGUCUUAUUCCAAUUUGCAAAUACUCCUAGUUGAAGUGGCUCACUUCCGGUAUCUGGAAUUGGUGAUAUAUGCUUCGUAUCUGUUGAAACUACUAUCGACUGCAGUUAUUUACUAUUAUUUUGUGGCAAAUGCGAAAAAUUCCUAUUUUUAUUCCACCGAUACAAGUACUCUCAUGUCCGAGGGAUUUGUCUACAUUAUAAUCGGUUCGCUAUUAGCCUUAGUGGUGGGAAUGAAAGUACCUCGAACUUAUCGUACUUCUCUUUUCGAAAUUCGAUAUGGCUUGCUGGGCAUUAUUUUCCAGAAACAUCAGAUAGAACAAUUAAAUGUCAGGUGUUUGAACGAUGGCACAAUACCAACGAUAAGUAGACCAGCAAUGUAGGAGAAUGGUGGUGGAAUGAAUAAACUGCUGGUGGAUUUUGUUGUUAUACAUUUUUUUUUUAUUUAAGUAUUUAUUUAAUAUUUCUACUGUAUUAUGCGAAAUAAAUUUUUUAAAAUGAAGACAA